GGCAACUGGUGGUGGUGCUGCUGCUUUCGGGGUCGGCGGCUUCGCCGCCAGGAGCUCAUCAAUCCUUGUCUUCGUCUCGUAUGGGAAAGGAAUGGUUGACGAUUAUGAUGUCGCAGGGGCGACAGUCAAUGCAGCGGUUGCUUUCUCGGCUUUCAUUGCGAUAGUGGUUCCACCUUGCUCGAGCUCGAUUGGGAACGCAGGUUGUUUCAACCACUCUUCGAAAUCAAUUUAUGCUAUCAUUGGUUCAAUUGGGACUGGACUCCUCUCCAUCCUCGGUCGGCCAGUGUAUCCGGCAGAUUCCAACUUCGUCUUAAGAGCUAGUGUAAGUGCCUUGAUUGACAUUUCUUUGAAUCUAGACAUGGCUUUGGUACGAGUGCCUGCAAUAGGGCUCUGAUACCACUGUAAGAACCCCGCUUCUAGAGACUGAUCAUCGGCACCCGUAACUACUCGUAACAAAUAGGGAUUUAGGGUUGAGAUUAGGGAUUUAGAUGAGAAAGAACAAAAUAGAAUUGGGAAUCGGCCGAGGCCUUUGAUUGGGAGAGAAUAGAAAUUAGGAGUUGAGAGGAUAAAUUAGGGUUUAUAAAUUAAACCCAAAGUACAUAUUUAUAGGGAAAUACUAGAAAACCCAAAUAAUAAUCCUAAUACGACUAAAUCUCUACUAACCAUAAUUAUAAUUAUCCUACCUAAUAUAAUAAUAGAAACCCCAAAUAAUUGUGUUUCUGACAGUUUGAAGGCAGAUGAUGUAAUGCUUCUUGGCGGGCUUUCUAGCCACGUUAGUUCCUGCCAGUGGCGGAUAUGGGAGUGGCUACCUCGGGACACAACUCAAUCCUCCUCUAGGUCCAAACCAGAACUAGUAUAACAAAUGAGAUAUGUUUGCUUUCAGUCCUUCCGCUUUUUUCGGCCCGGUGUUGUAUCUUUCUAUUUAAAUGUCAGGGGCAUAACAAGGAUUUCGGCUAAGGUGAAUCCAUAUAAGAAAAAAAUACAUAUUAUAAAACAGUUUUAAGAACUUUUUCAAUCAUCCAUGAUAUAAUCUUAUAUUUGGAAAAUUUUGAUAAAUUAAAUAGAAAAAUAAAAUCACUUUGAGUGUGCCAAACAAUUAUUCAUCAUUUAGUCAGUCGUUUGCUUUUGAAUGUUCUUUGUCAACAACCGUUUAGUAACAAUAACUCGAUUUGUCGUAACUGAUUGCAAUUAUAAAUCUUAUAAUAUUUGCUUACACAUAGAGGUGGCAAUUGGAUUGGAUCCAUGGAUUGGUGUAUCCAUGGAUCAAGUGGAUUGGAACAAAUGGAUUUAUAGAUUGGUCCAUGAAUCUAAAUGACAUCCAACUAUUGGACCAAUAUGUAAAUUUUGAAAAGUUUGGGUACUAAAAUGUCAUGAAUUUUUUUUAGGUACCAAAACAUAAAUUUCCAAUUAUGUUUUUCGUAUAAAAAAUUAAAUGUUGGGUAACAAAAUAUAAAAUAUAAAAAAUAUAGGUACCAAACUGUAAUUUGACAUUUGGAUUCCUGGAUCAAUCCAUGAAUCCACCAAUUCAAUUGGAUUUGGAACAAAUGGAUAGAAUUUGAAUUGAUUGAAUUAGGUGGUUAAUUUUGUGGAUGGAUUGGAUUGAAAAUUGCCACAUCUACUUACACACCACACCCACUUAAUCAAAGACAAAUAGUCAAAAAAUUCCUCUCGAUCAACCAUUCUUAAGAUCCUACCACUUAUUUAUGGAGGUUCUUCGUCCAAACAUACUCAAUUCAAAAUUUCUAGCUCUCUGAGAGAAUUUAGUGAGGAUAUUUUUGUCAUUUUAAUUAUUAAAGAAAACCUUACGCAUAAACCCUAAAAAUGAGGAUCUAAAAACUCUUAAUAAAAACAAUGAGAAUAAUAAAUGUUAUUAAAAAUUGGUAUGUUGUAAAAAAAACUCCGAUAGUGGUAGAAGGUAGCCAUAUCAUUCACAAUUGAUUAUUAUAUAUUUCAUUUGAUAAAUUAUAAAAAAGUGAGAAUGACAUCUAAUUAGAGCUCUCCACUUAGCGAAUUCUCUCUCCUUAAUUUCAAUCCCAAUGUUAUAUUUUGGCAUAGAAAAAUUAUAUUUGAUGUGAUUUGGACAAUAAUAUUCAUUAAAAUAU